AUGAGUUUUUCAGAAAAAAGAAAAAAUCCAAAAUUUAAAAGGCAAAAAAAACGAUGUUCAGAGGAUAUGGCAUCCGCAACAGAAAAACAUAAAGUCCAAAAAAUUCAUUGGGAUAAAUAUAGCGAAAAGGAUUCAUCGGAUGGUGAAACACAUAUAAAUCCUCCAAAUUUGUCCAAAGUUGUUGAUUUAACGGCUUUUCCAGAAAAAAAAAACAUUAUACAAUCUGCAGAUACUUUUAAAAAACUAACGGUUAAAAAUUUUCGAAAAACAUCUUUAGAAUCACAAGAAAAAUACUAUAAUGAUAUCCUCCAACGUCUUGAUACUACUCUUUUAAAUAUUUUUGAAAAUAGGAAAAUUGAAUGGAGCCUUCAGGAACUUUAUAAAGGCGUUGAAAAUUUAUGUAAAGCUUUUAACCAUUCUAAUCAUGAAGACCCUUGGGCUAUAAAAUGCUACCGCCUUUUGGAAUCUAGAUCAAGAGAGUCAAUCAAAUUGUUAUUAUCUAAUAUUCUGGAAAAGAUUACAUCAUAUGCACAUGUAGAAGGUGACAUUGUCAGGAUUAUAAUUGAUGAGGGUUGGAAAAUUUGGAUUGAGCAAAUUUCUAUGAUUAGAAGUAUUUUUUUUUAUUUCGAUCGUACAUUUCUACUUAUUACACCUGGAUUGUCAUCCAUAUGGGAUACUGGAGUAAGUUUAUUUCGUGAACAUCUUUUUAUGGAUUUAUCUAUAAACGAUCUUUUUUUCUCCGAUAUUUUUACUAUAAUUGCAACUAUUCGAUCAUAUUCUUUAGAUUUCAUGAAAGCACCUAAUAUUAUUUUGUUACAAUCUUCUAUAAAAAUGAUAAGUUCUUUAAACCUUUAUGGAUCUCUAUUUGAGCCAAAGUUUAUACAAGCUACUGAAAUAUAUUAUAGUAAUGAAGCAUUAAGAUCUAUAGAAAGUGGAUUUCCGGAUGAAUAUUUGUCUUAUAUUAAAAAAACGCUAAAUAAAGAAGAGAAUUUUUGUAGUGAAUUUUUUUUAGAACAAACAAAAUCAAAAGUUAUUCAUGUUAUUAAAACUCAAUUAAUCGAAAAUCAUUCUGAACAUAUAAUUAAUAUAAGCUUUGAGGAAUUGAUUGUUAAAGAAAAAGUUGAAUCUUUAAAAGACUUAUAUAUGUUAUUAAGACUUAUUAAUAAAGUAGAUUUAAUUAAAUUUCAUUGGGCAGAGUAUAUUAAAAAAACUUGUAAAACUUUAAUAUUAGAUCCUAAUGAUGACUCAUCAAUAAUACCUUCACUUUUAAAGUUUCAUUCUACUUUAAAUUCUAUUAUUUUUGAAUGUUUUUCAUCAAAUGAGUCGUUUAUUCAGACACUUCGAGAGUGUUUAGAAUUUUUUAUUAACAGUUCUAUCAAUAAUCCAUCUGAAUUAUUAGCUAAACACAUUGAUAACAUAUUACGCACUGGUAAUAAGUCUUUUGAUGAAAAAUCUCUCGAAAAAGAAAUGGAUAAAGUAUUAGAGCUUUUUAGGUUUAUACAGGGAAAAGAUACUUUUGAAGCAUUUUAUAAAAAAGAUCUUGCCAAAAGAUUAUUACUCAAUAAAAGCGCAAGUGCUGAUGCAGAAAAAACUAUGUUAAUGAAACUUAAAACAGAGUGCGGAUCAGGAUUUACACAAAAGCUGGAAGGAAUGUUUAAAGAUAUAGAUAUUUCAAAAAAUUUUAUGAUCUCUUAUAAGAAUUCGAAAUUUGCUCAGGAAAAUUCAUCAAAUUUAAAUUUAUAUGUAAAUAUUCUUUCACAAGCGUUUUGGCCUCCCUAUCCUAAUAUUUCUAUAAAUUUGCCAGAGAAAAUGAUGAAUGAGUUAAAUUUAUUUUCGUCUUUUUAUUUUUCUAAACAAAGUGGUAAAAAAUUAACAUGGAGACAUAACUUGGGACAUUGUAUUAUUAAAGCUGAUUUUCCAAAAGGUAAAAAAGAAUUAAAUGUUAGCUUAUUUCAAGGAGUAGUUAUACUUUUAUUUAACAAUAUCCCUGAUAAUGAAACAUUAUCAUAUAAUGAAAUAAAAAAUUCUACAAAUUUAAAAGAUAAAGAAUUGAUUCGGACAUUACAAUCAUUGGCAUGUGGUAAAGUUAAAAUACUUUUAAAAAUUCCAAAAGGAAAAAAUAUAAAUACUACAGACCUAUUCAUGGUUAAUCUUUCAUUUUCAGAAAAAUUGUUUAAAAUUAAGAUUAACCAAGUUCAAAUAAAAGAAACAUCAGAAGAAAACAAAAUCAUUCAUAAAAAUAUACAGAAAGACCGAGCAUUUGAAACCCAAGCAACAAUUGUCCGAAUAAUGAAAGUAAAAAAAAAGUGUAAUCAUACAGAAUUGGUUCAAACAACUAUAAAUGUAUUAAAACAAAGAGGUAUUACAUCAGUUGAAGAAGUAGAGUUAGCUAUUGAAAAACUUUUGGAAAAGGAAUACAUAGAAAAAGAAGGAAGCCCUAGUAUAUAUAAUUAUCUUGCAUAA